GUUGGCCGUCACGAAGUCUGCAUUUGGGGGCUGGAAAAAGGGAGAAUGGAAAUGGAUGACAAACUGGCGAUCCUAUAUAUAUUCCAACGGAAACCGGUGACAGGCAUCAACUCGCCAUUUCCAACAACCAACUCAACGAGUUAACUCGCUCUUCUCCGAUUUUCCCGCACUCCAUUUCUCCUUCUCUAAGCUUCUUUCUCUCCUUCAUCCAGCGAGUGCAGUGAGGGUGAGCCAGACGUGCCGCUGCUGUUUCAUUAUUUGCUUCUCGUUCUCCGGAUCUAUUCCGACUCAGGCUGCCCGUUUGCCGGAAUCUUAAAUGGCUUCCCAGCAGAAGAAUGUCGGAGUUCUCGCCGUCGAUAUUUACUUCCCUCCCACAUGCGUCCAGCAGGAAGCAUUAGAGGCUCAUGAUGGAGCAAGCAAAGGAAAAUACACAAUCGGUCUUGGUCAAGAUUGCAUGGCUUUUUGUAGUGAGGUGGAAGAUGUCAUAUCCAUGAGUUUGACCGCGGUUACAUCACUUCUUGAGAAGUAUGACGUUGAUCCAAGGCAAAUUGGAAGACUCGAAGUUGGAAGUGAGACUGUUAUAGACAAAAGCAAAUCAAUCAAAACAUUCCUGAUGCAAAUAUUUGAGAAGUGUGGUAACACCGACAUUGAAGGUGUAGACUCAAGUAAUGCAUGCUAUGGAGGAACAGCUGCAUUGCUUAACUGUGUGAAUUGGGUUGAAAGCAGCUCAUGGGAUGGACGCUAUGGCUUGGUUGUAUGCACUGAUAGUGCGGUCUAUGCAGAGGGGCCUGCUCGUCCAACAGGAGGAGCAGCAGCCAUUGCUAUGCUAAUAGGACCAGAUGCUCCUAUUGUGUUCGAGAGCAAAUUCAGGGCUAGCCAUAUGGCUCAUGUUUAUGACUUUUACAAGCCUAUUCUUGACAGUGAAUAUCCGGUUGUUGAUGGUAAGCUUUCACAGACUUGCUAUCUAAUGGCGCUUGAUUCGUGCUACAAGAGCUUAUGCCAUAAGCAUGAAAAAACAGAGGGCAAGCCGUUUUCUGUGGCUGAGGCUAGUUACUUUGUCUUCCACUCUCCUUACAACAAGCUUGUGCAAAAGAGUUUUGCUCGACUGAUUUUCAAUGACAUUGUGAGAAAUGCCAGCUAUAUCGAUGAGGCUUCCAAGGAAAAGCUGUCACCAUUUUUAUCCUUGACUGGCGAAGAGAGUUACUCUAGUCGUGAUCUUGAAAAGGCAUCACAGCAAGUUGCAAAACAAUUUUACGAUGAAAAGGUGCAGCCUACAACAUUGGUGCCCAAACAAGUUGGCAAUAUGUACACUGCAUCCCUCUACGCUGCAUUUAUCUCCCUCCUCCACAACAAGCAUAACUCUUUGCCUGGACAACGGGUGAUAAUGUUCUCAUACGGUAGUGGGUUGACUGCUACAAUGUUUUCACUUCGCCUGCGGGAAGGUCAACAUCCAUUCAGCUUGUCAAAUAUUGCAACCAUCUUGAAUGUCGAUGGGAAGUUAAAGGCGAGGCACGAGACCAAUCCAGAAAAGUUCAUUGAAGUACUGAAAUUGAUGGAGCACAGGUAUGGGGCGAAGGACUUUGUGACAAGCAAGGAUUGCAGCCUCUUAGCUCCAGGAACUUACUAUCUCACUGAGGUUGAUUCCAUGUAUCGAAGAUUCUACUCACAAAAAGCAAAAGAUUCAACCGAUAUCAACGGUCACUAAUGAGGCACCCUUGUGUGCCUGAAUUUGAUGCCGUACAAUGGAGUUGGCUCUGUGUGUUUUCGUAGUUGUCAGCAAAUAGGAGGGGAAAAACCGUUGUCAUGUAUGUUGUGAUAAGUUCAGUUCAUUGAGCUGGAAUUUUUCCUGUGUUGUGUUUUAAAAGGUUUGUUGUAAUUCAUGUAGUUUGAUAAUACUAAUAGUUUAAUAAACCAAAUUCGUCGAGAUUCCCAUAUUUGAAGACUAGAUACUGCUAUUCCUUUUGUGUUAAUAAUUUUGCAAAUAAUUCAAAAUAAUUCGUCUGUUCCAAAUUGAUUUGCA